AUGUCCGGCGUGGCAAAUGUCCGCACACCGUUGCUAGAUUGUCUCUCCGGGUCGGCUGCACGGCGGCGGCCGGCUUCUGGUCAGGGAGGCGGCGGGACUGCCCCUCCCGGAGGCGUUCCACCUGCGCGAUCGCCGCCGGCUGGUGAGGGGCAGGGCAGGGCUCUCCGGCUGGUCCACUCUACCUGCUUUACGACGGACCGCACUGCCGCCCCCGGCGGCGGAGAACACAGGGGACAGGGAGAGGGCGCGGGGCAAAUUAAUUACGCGGGGUGGUUAUUAGACACCGUGUCGCGUACCAAAGCGCCUGGCUGGUUGACGUCAGAGAAGCCGCCGCCCACGCCCUGCAGGUGUCUGAGGAGGCCCGCAGAAUCGGAAGAGCGCUUCCCUGCUCGAGGCUCCCCGUCCCCUGGAGGCGCCGUCUCCGCCCCCGCGGUGAGCGACACGAGGGCGGAAUGUAAAACGACGCUACGCUCGCGGCCGCCGCCUCCUCCUCCCGGAAUCAUUUUGGGGCAGAUUACACGCGAUAUUUCCCGGCAGGCGGACCCUCCCCUGCGGCUGAGGCAGGCCGCAGUAAAAAUUGGCUUCGCCGAGGUCGCGCAGCCGCCAGGGGAGCGAAGCGGCGGCGCCGGCGGCGGAGUUAAAAGGGGGGCGGGUCCACGUCGCUCCGGAAUGGCACGGGGGGUGCGAGAGGCCGCAAAAAAAGAAAAGGAAAGAGCAGGGAAAGCGGCCAGCCUUGAGGGCGAGAGGCGCUGGUCACGGCCAGCUCCAACCGUCCACACUUGCACCACGGCGGGGGUGCUGUGUCACCGCGUUGUUCUCCCUCUCACCGGCUGCUGGACACGCAUCCCACUCAGGGGGCCAGCGCAGAUCAGGCCAAAACUUCCAUUGCAAGUCGCCACCUCCCCGAGUUACUCAAAACCAGAAGAUGUAGCGAGGGCGGCGCUUGCACAGACUCCGAACUACAGAGACCCGCCGACACCGACCCUAAAUCACCCAAUUGAAGAGUGA